CUAAUUUCUAAACUCCGAACUGGUCGGUUAUUUGUUAUUCAUUACAAAAGCAAGUAAAUAUGAUUUAAAAGUAUUAAUUUAUUGUCUUCCCGGGUCAUCAUCAUAAGUUGGAAGGGAAUUUUCUUUGGUCCAUUGAUUGGUGAAUAUUUGGCGUAGUAUGCAAACAUACAUAAGAGAGAGAGUAUCAUAUGGGGACCAAAAUGGAGAAUGGUGGAAUAUGGUGGUCGGAGAGCUGUAUUGGUAAUACUGGCAAUUGGCAAUAAUGGGAAAAUGUCAAAACUCAAUUUAAGUACCAUCUGAUCGAUCCUUAUUACUUGCGGUUGCUGGUGAUAAAUUGCUAAUGCUAUUAUGGCCUACGGGUUGGUUGUUCUAAUGGGGAUGGAUCCGAUAAUAUAUACAUAUUUCAUAUAUACCUUCAUGGGGCCCCUUACCAACCCCCAACACCAACAGCCACUCUCUCUCUCUCUCUCUCCCCCUCUCUCAUGUCUGCUCUGCGGAGAUAGCCAAGCUAUUUUGUCAAGAAGCUAAAAUCCAACAAUCAUGACCAGUAUUGUGUAACAUAUGAAAUGAAUGUAGUUUCACCAGGUGCUUCACCUUGCUUUCACAUGCACAUGGGGCUUUUGCAUUCCAUCUCUGUUUUUUCCCUUUUACUGCUACUGCUGGUACGGCUACGUCUUCAUAAUUCAUAAUUCUUUCCUUCUACUAAGUUUUCCUCCUCACUUUCCCUCUCUCCCUCCUUCCCAUCUCCUCUCUUUCUGUAACAAUCCCUCCACCAAUUCAACUCCUCCUUGUUCCAAGAGAAAAUAUAUAAACAAAUAAAUAUUCCCAGUUAUAUUAUUCAACCCAGUUUAUUUGAAAUGGGAAUUGGCUCGUUCAAAGGUUUUGACUGGAUUAUACAUAAGCUGGGGCGCCCUGAUUCCUUCAGUUGACCAUGUCUUGGUCCACAAUGGCUUCUUGCAAAUGCAUAUUUUACUUUAUCAACUUUCAUGGUGUAUCUUCUUCAAACCCCCAAAAAUUUUCUUCUUCUGUAGGAUCAGCUGUGAUGUUAAAGGUCAUAUUCUGCUUGAGCUAGAUUUUUUUUUUUUUUGUUUGGAUUACACUUCUCUGAGGAAACUGUGCAGUUGCAGAUAUAGACAUUAAACAGGAAUACAAUUCUUACUACCACCUUCAAAAUUUUAAAGAGCCUCGGAAGAAAAUGCCAUGGACCCCAGAAAAUCUGUACACAAGCUUGAUGAAACAAUCCAUUCCCUUUUAGGCCUGAAGUCACAUCUCACAUCUAGCUGGGUCAAAUCUGUUUGUGAUAUCAUAAAAAGCCUACCAUAUGAAAUUUCACACUCUGAAACAAUUAGAGAUUCCUUAGAGAAAAAAGAUGAUGAUAUGAGCAGUCUCAUCCCAAACAUUGAAGAUGAACUUGCUUUCUUGACUUCCCACAUAAAUCAACUCAACGCACAGAGAAGGCAGGUCCUAAAUGACCUUCUGGACUUGAAAGGAAACAUUCGUGUAUUUUGUCGCAUCAGACCAAUCACAUCAGAGGAGAAUUUUGGCCAUUUUAGACCUCUUUCUGCUUUGGACUCAAGUAAUGUUCUUCUCAAGCUCGCUGAUAAUAAGGGUAAAACCUACAGCUUUGACAAGGUUUUCGGUGCAGAUUCGUCCCAAGAUGAAGUCUUUUCAGAAGUUGAGCCAGUCAUCAAAUCGGCCCUGGAUGGCUACAAUGCAUGCAUUUUUGCAUACGGACAGACUGGAACUGGAAAAACCUUCACCAUGGAAGGUACUCUUAAUUUCCCAGGAGUCGUGCCACGUGCAAUUGAAGCACUUUUUAAGCAAGCAGUCAAUAGCAACCAUGCGUUUCUCUUCAGUUUCAGUAUGCUUGAGAUUUACUUAGGAAAUCUCAAGGACUUGCUUGUCCCUCAUCCAGUGAAAGCAAUGGAUUCUAUGCCGCCAUGCCUUUCAAUUCGAACAGACUUAAGGGGUGAGGUUGAAAUCGACAACCUUGUGGCUAUUCAAGUGAAUGACUUCAAUCAAGCUAUGAAGCUAUAUAGAUUAGGAUGCCGAUUCAGAUCAACCGCUUCUACAAAUUCUAACACUAAAUCAAGCAGAUCACACUGCUUGAUUCGUUUGUCAAUCACAUGUUAUGAUGCUCCAGAGAGGCGUAGAGAAACAAAUAAAGUUUGGUUAAUCGACCUUGGGGGAAGUGAGCGUGUGCUUAAGACAAAGGCAUGGGGUAGAAGACUUGAUGAAGGAAAAGCCAUCAACUUGUCGCUUUCAGCUCUUGGAGAUGUCAUCAAUGCCCUUCAAAAGAAAAAUGGCCAUGUACCUUACAGGAACAGCAAGUUGACACAGGUUCUUAAAGAUUCCCUUGGAGAGGAUUCAAAGUCUCUGAUGCUAGUUCAUGUCAGUCCUAAAGAAGAAGAUCUGUGUGAGACAAUAUGUUCUUUAAAUUUCGCAACAAGGGUGAGAAGCAUUCAUCUGGGAAUGCUUGAUUCUGCUGAAGAGAGAGAGCAGAAGGAAAAUGCGAUGAUGAAUCUGCAGCAAAAAAUGAAAAUGAUUGAAGAUGAGCGCCAAGAUAUUAUGAAUAAUAUCAAGAAGUUACAUGUGGAACUAGAAAAUUUGAUGGGGACAGCCCCAUCUUCAAAUGAAGAACCAGAUGCCUCCCAUUCGUUUAUUGAAAUGAAUCAAUAUAAUGCUGAAAGAAUGAGGAACAAAACUACAGAUAACAUAGCAGCCACCAUAUUGCAGGUGCCAAGAUUUAUGAGGCCAACUUUUUGCAGCAGAGGAAAAUCUGGAAUAAAUCACCAACUUUUGGAAGACAAAGCCAAAACCACUGCAAGACGGAGAAGGCCACUGUCUCGUGCUGAGUCUGUGGGUUUCCCUGUAAAGUGCACUUCAGCAUACAAUUCAGAUUGCAGUAUUUCCAGAACUAGCUGUUUGAUGGGUCUGAAUGUGGAAAGUAGUGCAGAUAAUGGAACAGAAUACACUCAAGAUGAGUAUGACAUUAAAAAGAUAGUAUUCCCGGAACAAGAAACAUCACCAGAGAGUUCAGUACAUGGUUCCCUCGUUAACAAUGAAGGGUGUGGAAAUAGAAAGGUUAAUAACUGUAGCUCUGCAAAAUAUUUGAAGGUUGACAAUUGGCUUCGGUUACAUAAGAAGGAACCUACCAUCAGUGGUAGUUCUCAUCAGAGUAAACGAGUUUUAGCAAUUCCUGUCCCAGAGAAGAAACAUACAUGUAAUGGACAGAAAAAAGACAAAUUGCAAGAUGCGAAAGAACAUUAUUAUAAGAAUGAAAGGGAAAAUAUUUCCAACCUUGAAAAACUGAAGGGUGUCAAUAUGAAGGGAUCUGGAAGGUCUAUACAAAGAAUAACUAAAAUCGAUACAGCUCCAAUUCUGGCGGAUUUUGUGAAUAAGGACUCAAGGUGUGAUUUGAUAUGUGCAUCAGAUAAAACUGAUGGAGACAUAAUAAAGCAUGCAAAAGGUUCAUUACAUGGACAGUCAAUGGAAGAAAGCAAAACUGAUAGUCCCAAUCAAGAUAAUAAUCCCAUCAACAAGUGUGUGGAAAUGCAAGAAGCAAAGGAUGAAAGAGAAUGUUCAAAUUAUUUUUGGUCAAACAACAGUGAAAGGAGUCAACAUUCUAAAAAUGAUGUUGAUUAUAGAAUGUUGGAUGCAAGAGAAGAUUCUGGGUUGUCAAUCUCAAAAUCAGAACAAGAACCACACUCUCCACAAGUGCCUGCUGAUAUGGGUUUGAAAGAAGGUAAAAAAGAAGGCUUGGACAACUUAGAUCAGAGCUCAGCAGUGGGAUCAAAACCCAGCAUACUCGAAAUGAGAUCCCAAAGAGGGUUAUUUGCAGGCAAAUCGAAACCAAAAGACCUGUUUACUACAAUGGUGAAAUCAAAAGAUAAUACCAAGAACUCAGGAAUUUACCACCUUUUUAAAGAGAAAAUUCAGAUCUUAUGGGCCACUGCUCUUCUAGGAAUGGGAUUUCAAACUUUGGGACUCGAACAUGAUUUUUUCCAUGGUUUAAUGCUUUGAAGCAGUUCUUAAUAAUAACAUAAGACCCGAAACGUCCUUGCACAAUGGUCAUGGUAACCAGGGAGGGGCUCAGAGUGAACACUUCGUAAACAAUGUUGUAAUUACUAUUUCCAACAUUCCACGUAGUAAACUUAACCAUAAAUAAGAAAUUCUCCAUUUAUGGAAAAAUGUGAAACAAUACAGGCAUAUCAAGAUGCUUUUCAAGAAACUAUGAAGCUCUAACCAAUGUGGCUGGGACUCUUUGACUGAAGGAGCAAAUGGUUCCAACUUUUUGAAUAUGCCUAUGGUUCUCUGAACAGCUACCUUGAUGAUGUAACUAUCUAUUAAAUUACUUCUAUUUACAUCUGUAAGCAGUACGCUCAAUUAGAUUAUAAUAUUAAACAAUUUUGA